AUGUAUGUUGAUGUGGGGUUUGCCAAAAAUACCCUUCCCUCCAGUGUGUUUGACUGCAUCCAUGCUUACAUGGAUAUCUCACCAGAGGACAGUGAACUUGGUUGGCGACUGUCAACCGACCGCUGUUCAGAUCCACCAGCUCGUUUGAAGACAUCUUUUGACCUCAAAAAUGCAUUCCAAUUGGCAAGAGCAAAGCGCUACUCAGGUAGGAAGGAGAAGCACAUGAAAAUAGAGAUAUCAAACCUUAAAUCUAUUUCAAAGAUUAUCAGCGCCAAGCAAGGUGGUGAAAACAGCCAUCUCUCCAACAUUUCAGCUCAACCAAUCACCUUGCCAAGUCCAACCGUUCACAACUACAUCCAUCUCAGGGGCGAGGCAGCCAAUCAGAAUCAAUUGCUGCAUGCUGGAAUCAAAUGUCCACAUGACAUAUACCUCAAGAUGGAUGAUGAGUCAGAUGAUGAGCUGCAACUCCCCAUUUGCAAUGUCCUUGAUAUUAUUGAUGCUCUCUUUCCUGCAAUGGACUUCCAUCAGUAUCUAGGCGCUUUGCACUGCCAAGGCAUCACAUAUCUAGCUAGUGCAGUCAAUUUUGACUGCGAUUUUUAUGUCAGUGAUGUCAGAAUGUCGAGGGGGGCUGCAUCACUAUUCUGCAGACAGGUCAACAAGAUGAAGAUGAAGAAUGAUUGGGCUGUGGUGAGGCAAAAAGCAAAGGGUAAAAAGUGUGCUCGUAUUUCUUAUGACGACCGAGACGAAGAGUUCCUCUUAAGAGAGGCUGAUUUCGAAUAUACAAAACACUUGCCUUCCAACAUUACAAGCACUUAG